AGCUGGGAGGGCCUGUCUCCUCCUGCUACUCUGACCUAGCCAGCAGGAGGAAGAGGAGGCCAAGUAGGGACUUCAGCCCAGGCUCACCCACCCAUCACCUACUCGUCACCCACGGAUCCACCCACAAACACAUAUAACUAGUAGAUCUCAGCCCCAGUUCUUUCCUUAGUCAGCCAUUGGGGUACCAAAGCCCCCACAUCUGUUUUCUCUCCCCUGAAGCCAUGUUUAUCACGGUGAUGUUUGGAGCUGGCUGCUGGGAGCUGGUGAACCCCUGGUGCAGCCUGGAGACUCUCACUGCCCACCUAAGGCAGAGGGGGCGGGCGCUUCCAGAUGCAACCGUCGCCCUGCUGGGCCAGGAUGGGCACCUGGUGAUCCUGAGCAAAGACUUGGAGGAGGGGGCUUCCCAGGCCCCCUCCACAGGCGGCGCCCUGCUGCAGGAGCGUGGGACCUAUGUCCUCGUGCAGAUCAUUAAUGGGGAGGGUGGGGCCCCCACUCGCUAUGAGUCCCUACUGGAAAACCUGGAAGACUGGUGUCCAGAGUUAGCAGAGGAGCUGUGCUGGCUGUCAGGCCUACCCCCAACAAGCAGCAGACGGAGGAGACGUACUGGCACUCGGCGUGGCCACCAGGAGCAAGGCUCUCCUUCAAGGCCCCAAAGGCUGGGCUCCCUGCUGUCCAGGACCCACUAGCUGGGACCAGGAGCCAGGAGGUGAAUCAUCGCUACCACCCCUUCAACCACGAUGGUCCCAGCAGACAGGCCAGUGAGAGGGCACACAGGAGGC